AUGACUGCAUUUACUACCCCUGGACGGGCCAUUCCACUUUACCACAACACGCUAGGAUCAUCUGCCGUCAUUAUUUCUGAUCUGCCUUUGAGCGAAAGUUUAUUUUGCAAGAGCAAGACUCCGCUAAUUGCAGCCGGAGUCAUCGGCGGGCUCUUCAUCAUGGUCAUCGUGGCUCUAACAUUUGCAGUUUACGUUAGAAGGAAGAGCAUCAAAAAGAAAAGAGCCUUAAGAAGAUUCCUGGAAACAGAGUUGGUAGAACCCUUAACUCCCAGUGGCACAGCGCCCAAUCAAGCUCAACUUCGUAUUUUGAAAGAAACUGAGCUCAAAAGAGUAAAAGUACUUGGCUCGGGUGCUUUUGGAACUGUUUACAAAGGUAUUUGGGUACCUGAAGGAGAAACGGUGAAGAUUCCUGUGGCUAUUAAGAUUCUUAAUGAAACAACUGGUCCCAAAGCCAAUGUGGAAUUCAUGGACGAAGCCCUGAUCAUGGCAAGUAUGGACCAUCCACACUUAGUCCGGUUAUUGGGUGUUUGUUUGAGCCCAACUAUCCAGCUGGUUACACAGCUUAUGCCCCAUGGCUGCCUGUUGGAUUAUGUGCACGAACACAAGGAUAACAUUGGAUCACAGCUACUGCUUAACUGGUGCGUCCAGAUAGCGAAGAGUUCUACAACCAUCUCCACUGAUCAUAUGCUUUCCUCCCUUUCCAUCGGGACUCUCACUCUGGCUGUCCCGGAACUUCCAAUCUUCCCACACUGGUCAGCCGUUUCUCACGCAUCUUGGACUCCAGGACCCAGAGAGUAA